AUGGACUUCAAGCACUUCUGGCAAGACUAUGUGGUGUUGAAACCGAAGACCGGUUCCUUUGGGGCCGAAGACGCAGACGCUGUCGCCUACACCAACGAAGACAUGGACCCCAUCAGGCGCAAAGACCGCACAUAUCAAUGGUACCAGAUGGGCCUCUUCUGGAUCGCCGAAGGAUUUAACGCGGCCCAGCUACAAGUGUCCAGCUCUGCCUUUUCUCUUGGGCUCAAUCCAGGAUUAUGUGUCGUCGCAUGUCUCCUUGGCAAUAUUAUCGUUUCGAUCCCGUGCGCGGCCUCGGGAUAUCUGGGAAGUACACUGGGGCUGAAUUUCCCUGGCGUCGUCCGGGCUUCCUUUGGACUCUGGGGAUCCAAGUGGGCGAUGGUUGUUCGCGCCGUCCCUUGUCUCAUCUAUUACGGAAUCCAAACAAGUCUCGCCGGUCAAGCGGUUCAGGCGUGCAUCACCGCUAUCUGGCCCUCCUUCGCCCACUGGAGGGUCCAUGCCUUUCCGGUAUCUGCCCACAUUACCGCCCAAGAGCUCCUCUGCUUUGUCAUAUUUUGGCUCGUAUCACUGCCGUUCCUUUACCUACCGAUCCGAACGCUCCGUUUCCUGUUCGUGGUCAAGAGCAUCCUAGUGCCACUAUACUGGACCGCUCUGUUUACCUGGUCGAUUACUGCCGCUCGAGGAUGGCCUUCGAUCUGGACGAAACCGAGUCUUCCUACCAAUGGCAUGUCUGUGGGGUAUCUGUUUGGCAUCUGCGUCAACGCCGCCAUCUCUGGUAAUGCCACUUUUGCCGUCAAUAUUAUGGACAUUUCUCGACAUUCGAAGAGCGACAAGGCCGCUUAUCUCACCCAGCUCUUCGCUCUUCCGGUGUUCGUCACGUUGACGGAGCUGCUGGGGUGCACAAUGGCCGUGGCUUCGUCAGUGGUCUACGGUCAGGUUCAGUGGAACCCUCUUGUUACCAUCAACAACUUUGAAGCGCGAGGAGGGAAAUUCUUGGCCGGGGUCAUGUUCGUCUUCUUCAACAUUAUGACCAACGUUACUGGAAACUCCAUUCCCUUUGCCAACGAUCUAACGGGCCUAUUUCCCAAAUAUAUCAAUAUCCGUCGAGGUCAAUUCAUUUGUGCGGUUAUUGGCUUUGCGAUCUGUCCGUGGGAGAUUCAAGCCAAGGCCACCACGUUCCUAGCCUUUAUGGGCGCGUAUACUCUCUUUCUGGGAGCGACGACGGGCGUCAUGAUGACCGACUAUUUCUGGAUUCGUCGUGGCUACGGCGUCAACAUUUCCCAUCUUUUCAAGCCCCACGGGAUAUAUUGGUACAACUACGGAUGCAACUGGCGUGCCUUUGUGGCGUGGUUCGUGGCACUGGGACCUUUGCUUCCUGGUAUGCUCCAGACUAUGGGUGUCCGCAUCACCAACAAAGGCAUCCUGAACCUGUAUUCCUGGAACUACGUCCUCGUGGUCACAUUUUCGGGGUUGCUAUACGUGGCCUUGACGACUGCGUUUCCAGUCCCUGUCCGGACCAACGAUGAAGAUUUGGGAAAGCUCUAUUUGAUUGACGGCCUCGAUCCCGAGAUCACCACAGGUAUGCCACCAAGCGGCGCCGAUGAAGGUCGAGUCGAGAAUCAUGGCGACAACUCCGGGAGUGAGAAGAAGGGAUUUGAUGGCCAGGUCAAUGCUCAACUUGUGAGCAAUAUAGCGUAA